AUGGCAGGCGUAUCACCGCAGCAGCGUGAGGAUAUUGCGUUUGCACAGGACAACGUGCGUCGUUUUGCGGAGCUCCAGAGGGCGUCGCUCUCCGACAUUGAAGCUGAAGUGAAGCCCGGCGUCUUUCUCGGCCACAAGAACUUGCCGAUGCGCAACGUGCUGUGCUACGUCCCUGGCGGUAAGUUCCCGAUGAUUGCCUCGGCCCACAUGAGCGUGCUCACCGCCAAGGUUGCCGGCUGCGACCGCGUGGUGGCGUGCACACCUCCGAUGCCCGGCACGGGCGAGGUGCCGACACUGACUGUCGCCGCCAUGCACAUGGCGGGCGCUGACGAGAUCUGGAUCAUGGGCGGGGUGCAUGCCAUCGGGGCGGCGGUGCACGGCACCGAACGGCUCGCGCCGGUCGACUUCGUUGUCGGCCCGGGCAACGCCUACGUGGCGGAGGCGAAGCGGCAGCUCUUUGGCAAGGUUGGGAUCGAUUUAAUCGCCGGCCCGACGGAAACACUCCUGCUUUGCGACGACUCGGUGGACGCCGAGCUGUGUGCCACAGAUUUGCUAGGCCAGGCGGAGCACGGGUACAAUAGCCCGGCCGUCAUGGUGACCACGAGCGAGCGGCUAGCGCACGCGACGUGCGCCGAGGUCGAGCGUCAGCUGCUCACGCUGCCGACAGCGGAGACGGCGAGUGCCUCGUGGCGCGACUACGGUGAGGUGAUCGUGGUGGAGGACGACGCGCAGAUGCUCGAGGUCGCCGAGCAGAUCUGCUCCGAGCACGUGCAGGUAAUGCACCGCGACUGGCGCUACUUCCUCGACAACAUGCGAAAUUACGGCGCGCUCUUCCUUGGGGAGGAGACCAACGUUUCCUAUGGCGACAAGGUGAUCGGGACCAACCACACGCUUCCCACCAACCACGCUGGCCGCUACACGGGAGGGUUGUGGGUCGGAAAGUUCAUCAAGACGCACACCUACCAGUACAUCACCGACAAGGCCGCCUCCGUCGAGAUUGGCGAGUACUGCUCCAGGCUUUGCGACUAUGAGCACUUUGCAGGUCACGGCGAGCAGGCGAGGAUCCGGGUGCGACGCUGGAAGAAGGAGUGA